GGAACGGAGCGAAAUUCAAAUAACAUCCGUUUGUGUCUAAUGGCUUAUUUUACCAGAUUAACUCAACUUGCUGGACAAAUUUACAGGAAAUGAACAAAACAGAAAGAAUUAUUUUCCAGAACAUCAUCUAAAAUAUGUAAUAACUUGUAUUAUACACUUGGUUUCUAUCACUUUAAUGCCAUGGAGGAAGUGAUUGGAAAAUAUGACAGCGGCAUUGAUGCCAGUACUUUAACAUAUGAUAUAAGUUCUAUGACCCUGAACUCCUUUGAUUCAAGUUUUAGUUCGAUUGAUGUACUGAACAGAGCGCGGAUUGAUAGUAUAGAUGAUGAUCCCAGCAUAAAAGAUGAUUUGAAUGAAGCUCAAUUUCUUGAUACCACCGGCUUAUCUCUUGAUGACAGCAACUUUCAUGAGACACACAUUAAUUUUUCAGUCACAUUAACAAACACACCGAUACAUAACAAAGAAAACAUUUACAAUAAUCAGCCUGUAACAUCAGUGAUUGUAGCAGAUGUUCAGAACAUACAGAGGAGUCUAAAUGGAAGAAAACCUCAUACCGGUCACAAGAAUGAAGUUCCUCAAGCUGACAGGGAACGUAAGGCCAAGGCCAAACCUUUAUCUCCAAGUAAAGAUAUCCAGAAUUCAUCGUCUAACGCAAAUCAUGUUUGCAACAGACCAAAGAAAGGUUCUUACAGAAAGCAAAAUGCUUGUAAUGCUAAGGCAUCACCUCCAAAAUCACAGAAAAUGGCAUGUAAAGAUUACUGUCAAUCUCAAUUUAAUUCACCCAAAAAAUCCAAACAGCUUCCACAAAAUAAAACACAGAAUAAAAACUUGAAGAAUAGCUUCCAAAGUUCAACUGCUUCGAGUAAGUCUAAACCAAACCAAAAAUCUGUGAAGUCAAAGAUGAACAAUGAAUGUAUAGUUUACUCAAACAGUGAACAAGAUGACACUUUGGAAGAGUCAGAUACUUCAAUCUAUGUUACACCAUUACAAACCCCUUCUAAACUUCACACAGAAACUUUCAGUCCAUGUUCUAGGUUGUCUGAUGAAGAGAUAUUGAAUAGCCCUAACAUCACUGUCAGGUCUCCAUCUCCCUACAAAACGCUAAGUCCAAAUAUUACAGUUCGAUCAUAUAGGCAUACCUGCUCUCCCUUGGUGGCCGCGAGCAGUUCAAGUGAUGUAGAUGGAUCGGAGUAUCCGCUUCCCCACCCACACCAUUCUAAGACUUAUUUUUCACCUAUAUUAGAUGAUUCAGCAAUAGUUGAGGCUUCCUGUUCUGGAAGAAAAUAUAGAAGCCCACCCAAAUACUUGAAUUUAGAGACUUCAUUAGAGGCUGACUGUCAAGCAGAUGAUACUUGUUAUAAGAAGGAGACAGUCAGACAUUUGUUUGCAGAUGCCAAGGAGGCCAAAGAUUGGGAUUCUAUAGCAGUAUACGACCACUCACCUCUUGCUAAUAUGCUUGAGAACCUCUUUGAACAUUCUGGCUCCUCAUAUUUGCUAUCACCAAAAUAUGAAUCAAGUGAGCAUACUUAUGCUGAAUUUCAGGACUUUCUGAGGAAGCUUGAAGGUACAAAUAAGAUCAGUAGUAAAAAGUCGGUCUGCGAUGAACAUUCUUCUCCAAGAAGUAGUCCACUGUUGUCACCAUUGUGCUGUGAUUCUCGGCCACCUGAUCAGCUGUCAGAAGCUGAGCUAGAUGAAAUUACCUGGAUUCAUACAACAUGCAAUGGGCAACAGGUGGCCCCUCGUGUUCAGAUUGGCCAAUCAUGUGAAGAAUUUACUGUCUUUCCUCCUCCCAGAACACCUCGUCAUCUGAAAUGGAACAUGCAUCUUGAACAAGACUGUGAUUCUGUUGAGAAACAGCAACCGAAUUGCAGCACACCUUUAAAACCAAUUUUACGGAAACGACCUGAGAAUCAUGUUUUCCCUUAUAAUGGAGAUAAUCCUUCUCCGUACAUAAUUACAAAGACCAGGCAAGUCAAUUCAUUGGUGUAAGAAGAGGAAGAAGAAAUAUAGAGAUCAAGUAUUGCUAUGUUCCUGUGAUAUACUGGACCAUGUUAAAUUUCUAUGCUAAAUCAGGUCAAAGUGAAAAGAAGCACUUGGAUUAAUACUGGAGUAACACUAUUUUCCUACAAAAACCGCAGUUGGUUGAGGGAAAAAAAAAUGCUUUUACAUACAUUUAGAAAUUAUUUUCUCAAAUGUUACACAAAAACAAGAAUAACUCUGACAUUUUCCCUUUAAUUUUUAUUUAUUUAUUAUUUUGCAUUCAAAUUACUUUAAGUUUUAAGAUAACUAUUUAAGACAAUGAAGUAAAUACUUGUAGCUUUUAGGUUUUUUUUCUUACUAUUUCUUUCAAUAAUUCCUCGAGUUAUUCUUAUUUUCAAGGCUAGCAAUUUCUCUAAAGUAAAUAACUCUGAGUUUAUUCAAUGUUCCUUCUGUGAUCUGACUUUCCUGGUUUUGUCUCGGUGUCUUUGGUGAUUAUAUAACAUUUCUCUUACCUGGAAAUAUGUAACUGCACAAAAUGUUCUGUUUUGUUAGUAGAAAAUAAACAACUUUUGUUUCUCUGUUUUUGCAAAUACUUUUCUGAAUUAAGAUAAAAAAUACAUUCCAAAUUAUUUAAUUUCAUUAUUUCUCAGAUUAAAGGUGGUGAGCUGGCAGAAUCGUCAGCAUGUCAGACGAAGCUCUUAGUGGCAUUCUUUCGGCUCUUUAAGUUCUGUAUUCAAAUGCUGCCAAGGUUGACUUAGCUUGUCUUCCUUUUGAGAUUGAUAAAAUAAAUAUCAGUUGAGCACUAGGAUUGAUGUAAUCAACCAGCUCUCUCCCUCAAAGUUUCAGGUCAUGUGCCUAUUGGGGAAAGAAAUAUUAUUUCUAAUAUUUUAUAGAUUUAUAUAUUUAUUUUCAAAACAGUCUUUCUUUUUUGUUUGUUUUUGCUAAUCACAGUUUAUGAAAAUUUUAGCUUAAAAAUGAUAUUUUGUAGAUAAAAUUAAAGAUUUAUUUUCAACUUUUAGAAUUUUUAUUUAUCAUAAAUGUUUUUGUUCAUAUUUAGUCUUUUGUCUCUUUUGAAUGUGAAGCAAAGUAAUUUAAUUUAAAAAUCAAAUGAAAAUAUUAGUUAAGAUUCUUAAAAAAAGUUUCAAAAAUAAAAAAAAGUGAAAAUUCAUGUUCCCAUCUCUUAUUUCUCCAGAAGCAAGUUAUGGUAUUGCAUAAGUGACAUUUUGAAAGUAAUUCCAUCUCCCCACACCAAAUUGUUUUGUUGGAAUAACAUCCUUGGCUGAUUCCCAAGUUUGACAUUUUUUAAAAAUCCACUAAAACAGUAUAGUUAUUAAGUUUCUUUAAUAACUUCUCUUUGUAUAGAUGCUAGUGUCUGAAAUUAAUUGGAACCUGUCUUCUUUAAGAAAGAAAAAAAUUAAAGAAAGUGGGUUUGAUUGAUUCGAAAUGUUUGAAGCUGUGUCCUUUUACAGUUUCUGAAGAUGGUUUUAUGAGUGCUAUUUUAGGCUGUAAAACAGUUCAUUCACCAGAAAUUUUAAGUUAGCUUCUUGUGAAUUUGUGAAACCUAUUUAAGUUGCUGUUAUCUUAGAAGUGAAAUGCUGUAACUGAGUUUUUCAGUUGUGAGUAAAUUAAACUUUGAUUAAAUGAUAUCAUGUUGCAGCCACCUCAGCAGUUAAACAGCAUCUAACAUUGUGUUAAUGCUUAAAAUGUCAUUAUACUUAUGUGACUAAUGAUGUAGUUGCUUAUUUAUUUAUUUGGUUUUGCAAACUUAAGUACAAUGUUGGGAGCCUACUUGUUGCAGAUUAGCUUGUUUAUUUCUAGUCAGCUUCCAGUUUCAUACUCUAUUUAUCAGUGUUUGUGUUCUUUAAUCAUUGUUAUUGCAUAGAAGUUUUAUGGUGCUUGGAAAGUGACUGGUUAUUGUAUUCAUUUGUCAGUGGUACUCUUUGAGAUGUCGAUGUCUUCAAUAUGUAUUGUGUAUGGACAAUCAUUGACUCCCAUUUGUUUUCAAGAAGAUUAAGUAGGUUUAGCCUUAUGUAAUUAUCAAUGUAAUUCAGAAAAAAAAAAAGAAAAUUGCCGUAGGAGUUAACUUCUCACUUCUACAAACCUCAAGUCUCCCCUAUAUAUACAGCUUUAUUGAAAUGUUGGUGUCUUCUUUCUUUGUCUUAUCACACACACGCACAUGUAUAUGCAUGCACAUACACACAAAAUAUUGGUUUGGGAAGUCUAACCCUUUUUUUCUUUUUGAAAGAUAGUGUUGUCUUUUUCACUGUAAUAUUAAGUGCAUUUUUUAUGCCUUCUUUAAGAUUAAUAUAAAUCUCAAACCACUGAUGCUUAUUUAUGUUAAUGAAUGGUUGAAUAUCAGUCAAUACAAACAGUAGUUUGCUAGUUUAAUUAAUGAUGGCACUAUCUUUUUUUUUUAACCAUUUGCAAUCCAACAUUUGUACAUACUUUGUUUGAGAAAUGGUAAAAGAAGUAAAAAGGAAAUUUACUUGACUAGUAGGUUGUUUGGAUUUUGAAGUAGAGAAAAUCCAAAGUCUCUAGUUAAAACAUUUUCAAUCUGUGAGAAGAGCUAAAGUCUCAAAAAUUAAUAAAAAUUAUUU